CGUACGCUCUGGAUGCUGCUCAAUAUAGAAAAGAAAGCUGCACGUUAUUCAAAGUAACGCUUCAAAGCAGAAGAAAUGUCUCGAAAUAGUACAUCGGAUGUGCGAGAUGAAAUGUGGAAUGCCAGACAGCAUCUAACAAAAUGUGCGGACGCCGAUGCUUCUCCGCGCUCCGAGCGUUUCAUCUUCGGUCCAGAAUGGCACUUGCUUAACUGACAUACGAGGAUUGAGAAAUAAACAGUCCCGACGAAGGGAAUAUAAACUGAAUCGACAAAUAUGAACGUUACUUUACUUAAAAAACGAAAGCUGGACUGUAUGUAUGCGCUGUUGUUAUGGCUCCAUACGGCGGUGUGGAUGUGGUGUUCAGCGGCCGAAGAGCAUCAUUUCAGCGUUGAGGCGUGGUUACAGAGGUAUGGCUACCUCCACCAUACACAACCUAACAUGGCUGUCCUGAGAUCAGCCCAUACCAUGCACUCUGCUAUUGCGACCAUGCAGCACAAGUAUGGACUCAAUGUCACAGGGACUCUAAACAAGGAGACUAUAGAUUGGAUGAAGAAGCCUAGAUGUGGGGUACCGGACCAUCUUAAAGGUGUGUCUGGAUCCCGCAGGCAGAAGCGCUAUGCACUAACUGGACAGAAGUGGCAACGCACACACAUCACAUACAGCAUUAAAAACGUCACCCCUAAAGUGGGCGCUCGAGAAACGCACGAGGCCAUUCGCCGGGCAUUCGAUGUAUGGCAAGGCGUUACGCCGCUACGCUUUGAAGCCGUCCCCUACAGCGCUCUGGAGAGUGGCAAACGCGAUGUGGACAUUACCAUCAUCUUUGCCUCUGGUUUCCAUGGUGACAGCUCUCCGUUUGAUGGAGAAGGAGGCUUCCUGGCACAUGCUUAUUUCCCAGGGCCAGGCAUAGGGGGCGACACACACUUCGACUCUGAUGAACCUUGGACGCUGGGUAACCCAAACCAUGAUGGUGAGAGAACAGCAGGCAAUGACCUGUUCCUUGUGGCAGUCCAUGAGCUUGGUCAUGCCUUGGGACUGGAACAUUCAAAUGAUCCUACCGCUAUAAUGGCUCCAUUCUAUCAGUACAUGGACACUGAUACCUUCAAACUGCCCCACGAUGAUCUGCAGGGCAUCCAGAAAAUAUACGGGCCUCCAGACAAAAACCCUCAGCCAACUAGAUUGCUCACGACCUCUACACCACCACGCCUGCUCCCUCCAUCUGACCCUCGAAAACAUGACCGCCAGGGUCGCCCUCAUCGACCCCCACAGAAGUCAAAACCGGCCCACCCCAACUCCAAACCCAACAUCUGUGACGGAGGCUUCAACACUUUGGCAAUCCUGCGACAGGAGCUGUUUGUCUUCAAGGAUCAGUGGUUCUGGAGAGUGCGUGAUAAUUCUGUGGUGCCUGGAUACCCAAUGCAAAUCAGUUACUUCUGGAGAGGUCUGCCAACUAAGAUUGAUGCUGUCUACGAAAACAGUGAGGGGAAGUUCGUCUUUUUCAAAGGGAACCGGUUCUGGGUGUUUAAGGAUACGACUCUACAGCCCACAUAUCCUCAGGACAUUUCUCUUUUUGGCAGUGGAAUGCCCACACAGAGCAUCGAGACAGCUGUUUGGUGGGAAGAUGUGGCCAAAACCUACUUCUUCAAAGGGGAUAGGUACUGGAGAUACAAUGAGGACAUGAGGACCAUGGACCCCGGAUACCCAAAACCUAUUACUGUCUGGAAGGGCAUCCCAGACUCUCCACAGGGAGCCUUUGUGGACAAAGCGCAUGGCUUCACAUACUUCUACAAGGGCAAAGAGUACUGGAAGUUCAACAAUCAGCGGCUGAGAGUGGAGCCAGGCUACCCCAGGUCCAUCCUGAGGGAUUUCAUGGGCUGUGACAGCCUGCCGACUGACCCUGACUGGGACUGGAGUCCUCCACAGGAUGAAGAACCACCUCAGUAUGACCAUGAUGAUGUUGACAUUGUGCUGAAGCUGGAGAGCAGCGGUGGUGCCGAGAAAGCAGUGGCCAUCUCUAUCCCUUGUGUCCUGGCCCUCUGCAUGAUGGUGCUGCUGUACACCGUGUUCCGCUUCAAGAGGAAGGACACCCAGCGCCACAUACUGUACUGCAAGCGAUCCAUGCAGGAGUGGGUCUGAGAAACAAGAGUCUGACUGCCACUGCAAAAACUCUUUACAUCUUAAAAAUCACCCUUAAAGGUACAGGGUUUGAGUAAUUGGCUCCCUCUAGAGGCGUCAAGUCUGGAGUUUGUGUUUAUCUGUAUUUGUUGGCAAAUGACAAGGACAACAUGAACAAACAAUACGCCAACUUAAUCUUCCCCGUGUCAUAUUUUGGUGGCAAUGUGUCUUUUUUGAUGGUUAUGGACCUCUGUGUGGCUUUGGGUGACCAUUUUUUGUCCUCUGCAGUAGUGAACUGUUACACUAAAAAUCAUAAUUAUUGACUUUUCAACUGACUAGAGAAUUAUUUUUCUCCGAACUACUAAUCUCGAUACUCACUUGUGUCUCUCCGAAAUACUUGCUUGUGUUGAAAAACUGAUACCCAAACCAAAUAUGCCCUUAGUGUCCAAAGAGGAUUUCUUCAUUCACAUCAAUGCAUAUUCUGAGAUGACCAGCUUACCAGUUAUUAUUUGAUUUCCAUUCAGCUGCAACCAUGUUCAGGAUAUAUGGGACCUGUCUGCUUUGAAACCAGAAAAAACGUGACAUAUAACAUUGGGGCUACCUGCAAUAUUUUGUCGAAUGCCUUAAUCACAUACAGUACUGAGUUUAUUUUUGUGUAUUUGUGUGCAUGUGCCUGUGUGAAUGUGACCUUUCCCAUGACUCUGUGUGGAUUUUGCUUGUCACCGCUCUUUAGAUGCACCGCUGACUGACAGAAAUGUGCAGUAAGAAGUGCCACUGACUGUUCAAAAGUUGAAUUGAAACCAAGUUUUAGAGUGUAUAGCUGCAGUCCACAUUCUUUAUGUUUCCAUUUUCCCAUUCUCCAAGCUGAAGCAUUGAAAAUGUAACUUUUGGUUAAGUGCUUCCAAUCAAAUUCUAAAGAAUUUAUUAAGCAGAAGAAUGCUUUUUAGCAUCAGUUCUUAAUUAACCUUCCUGUUGAGCUCAAGAAUUAAUAAAAUAUCAACACAAUACCAUAGAAUGUUAAACUACUGUAUAUAAGAACCAGUGACAUUAGCAUAGUUUGCAAUUCAAUUUUAUUUAAAAAAAUUUGGCUAAAUUAGCAUUUCCUGAGGUAAUUAUCAGUGCUUUCAAGGCAGUAAAAUACUAGUGUUUAAGUUUUAGGCAAGGUUAGGUUUUAGGCUUCGGUUCUGUGUAAAGCAUGAGAACCAUGCUGCAUCAGAGCUGCAUGUCUCAUUUUUUGUCAGCUGUGCACAAAACCACAGAAUGCAACACUUGACAAUUGUGUAAAGGUGGUCAUAGAUGGUUAAACUGACCUUUGUAAGGUUAGAUGCCAUAUACUGUAAUUGGACACAAAUGAAUAUGAGGCGAUAUAUAUAUUUCCCUGUCUGUCGCUCACUUCGACGUUGUGUUGAAGAAGCGACACUAGGGGUCUCUCUUGAGAGCUUCAUCUCUGAACUUGAGAAAAGGCCAAUAAGAAAUUGGCAGACAGAAUUUUCAUGUCCUGUCCCCGGACAUAUGGGCAUAAAGGGAGGGAAAUGCGUCCGUUCAUUCAGAAAUUUUCUUCGGAAGUCGACCGGUUGUGUGAGCAUCGAGCUGCGAUUCACAAGACUGUUCAUCUCAUCUCUCAGAGCAUAUGCUGUUGGAUCUAUGGCGCAUAUCAGCGGCUUUCUCCUUCUCUGCGCGGCAGUGCAGCUUUGCCCCUGGGCGCUUCGACAGCGCUCUCUAAAAGAUUAUUUUUGUAAAAGAGUUUAAUUCUCUAAAAGAGCAAUACACAGUGAUGUUGAACGUCCUUUUUAGGACUCUAAAAGGUGCCCUUCCGCCCAUGUAGUUCCUGGAUGUGGUCGAGUGCUCUCCACUCCUGAUGGUCACAGGCGCUGCCUCGUGUCUCUGGGCCGUGAUCACACGCUUGGAAGCGUGGCUUUCACUUCCCAGCCGUCUCAGACUUGGUUCUCGGAUCUCGUGCUCCUCGCGACAGCCCCUCCCUGGAGAAUUCCCCUGAGGAAGGACCUUCUUUCUCAGGGACAGGGCACCCUCUGGCAUCCGCGCCCAGACCUCUGGAACUUCCACGUCUGGCCCCUGGACGGGAUGCGGAAAAUCUAGCUGGCCUACCACCUGCUGUCGUAGAAACGAUCAACCAAGCCAGAGCUCCCUCUACUAGGCAACUUUACACCCUGAAGGGGCACUUGUUCACGAAUUCACGACCUUCCCGGUCUGAAGGCCCACAGAGGUGCGCACUCGGGUCAGUGCUCUCAUUUCUGCAGGAGAGGUUGGAGGGGAGGCUGAGGGGAGGCUGUCCCCCACAAUGUCGAAGUGAGCGACAGACGGGAAACGUCUAGGUUACUGUUGAAACCUCCGUUCCCUGAUGGAGGGAACGCGACGUUGUGUCCUGACGGCCACGUCGCUGAACCAAGCCACUGUUGCAGCUGAACCUCAUUGUCGGCUCCUUAGGCAAAAUCCUGAAUGAACAGACGCAUUUCCCUCCAUUUAUACCUGUAUGUCUGGGGGCGGGACAUGCAAAUUCUGUCUGCCAAUUUGUCAUUUACCUUUUCUCAAGUUCAGAGAUGCGCAAGGCUCUCAAGAGAGACCCCUAGUGUCGCUUCUUCGACACAACGUCUCUUUUCCUCCAACGGAGGUUACAACAGUA